AUUGGAUAAUAAUGCCAAAUCGAAAUUGCAGAGGCGAGCAGAGUACAGCAAGCACACCGCCAUGGCCUCCUCCACAGCUCGACUCUCUCUCCGCCUAGCUGCCGCCCUCCUCCUCCAACUCGCAGCCUUCUACAUCGGCCGCCCUCUCUACUGGAAGAUUGCCGCCACUGUCCACGAGAUCCGCCAGAACCGACAGUCCGUCAAGCAAGGGAUCUCGCAGUUGGUCCGGGGGGCGCAGAAGUCGGUGGGGUGGGUGCAUGAUGAAUUCGACUCCGGAGCCAGCGAUGAUCGGAAGGAUCCCAAAGCUAUCAGUAGAAGGAUCCUCGGGUACAGAUCGGAUUCUUCACUGCCUCGCCCUUUUGCGUAGGGUAGUCGUGGAGUCGAGACUUAUCCAUUGCUCUGGUUUGUCCCCUUCCUAAACCGUGUUUAGAUAAUAAAUUUGUGGCUGUAGUAAUUUUGUGACUAUGUUCGAAUUGUAUUCUAGCGAAUCUCAUGGACAAGGAUUUCUCUUUCUCAUUUCAUGUUUGUUCAUCAAUGCUGAUUUCAAAUUCUCUCCUGUAUAUGAAACUGAGACAUGAAUUCAAUUUGAUAUUGCAUGAAACAAAUUUAUCUGA